AGAGUGUUAACAAGCAGGGAAUAUACCAAUAUGCUGGCGCACUACCUGGCCAGCUGCCUCGAGCCCCCACCAAGAACUGCGCGCCUCACCCCGCGGACUACCAUACAGCCAUCUCGUUCGCACUUCACAACGAAAGCUCGUCCAUGCGCUACAAAAAGCGGUUUUGCUGUGUAGUGUUGUAAGUUAUCUAUCCAUGUGUGCGUAAAGUGUAUUUUUCUGACAGGCUGCGUCGCAAAACUAUACAAGCCGUGCGAGUACUAAAGCUAUGGGCGGUUACGACUAUCUUAAUUGUGACUAACAUUUACCUGUUGGAACGCGUGAACCGGCGCGGCCUUGUGCGCGAGCGCAGCACAGGUUUGACUCACAGUCAGUUCCACCCCAGACCUCUGCGCGGGUGCGCGCGUCCCAUGCACUCAGCUCUGUAGUGCCGGGCGCACGAUCCUGUCCAAUUAGUGUUCUCGCGAGAAACGAGUUAAGUGGCCGGUUUAACUAGUGAUGUACUUACGUUUAGCGAAAUUAACUAAUGUGCGCUGCAGAUGCGAGAUGUUUGUGCGGCCUUAGUGCAAAAUUACAACACAAAACUAUGUAUAAUAAGUGAAGUUUAGUGAAAGCGAAACUAUGUGUUGUACGUGGUUCACGAGCGCCUUGUUGGUGCUAAGCGCCGUUUUAACGACGUGGAGUGCGUCUCUGUCGGCUACCACGGGAGCGCGGUACCAAGCUCCCGAUGAGUGCCGGUGGACGACCGACGACGACGGCUCAGGAGUAGCGCUACAAUGCAGAUUGCGGACAAUAAAUAGCGAAUUGGAAAACACCAACUUCAGCGCCAUUCAACCGCAUCUCACUGUGAGAUUGCGCUUAGAAUGCAGUGAUGCACUUUUCUUUCAAAGUUCACUGUCUCCCGGAAGUUUCCGACAGUUGGUUGAAUUGCGGGAACUGACUAUCGAGUACUGCAAAAUUGGGAAUCUUUCCGACGGCGCAUUUACGGGUCUUCGAGAAUUAAGGAAUCUAACAAUUAGAACGCAUAACACAGACUGGUCAUCAAUGUCACUUGAAAUAACGCCCACCGCUUUCUCUCGAGAUGUACAAAAUUUGGAACGUUUAGAUCUCAGUGAAAAUAAUAUGUUAGUUUUCCCCGAAGGCGCACUCUGUACAUUAAGGAACCUUGAAUAUUUGAACAUGACUGGAAAUCGAAUGAGAGACAUCAGUCAUUUUCAGUUCUCUACAGCACAUCGUCACCCAACAGAGAAAUGCGGCGAUAACAUAUUGGUAUUAGAUCUUUCGAGGAAUGUUAUCGAUACUUUACCUCCGAAUCUUCUAUCUGGAUUAAAAAGACUACAAAAAUUAUAUCUUCAAGGAAAUUCAUUGAAUUCUGUGGCAGACAGAGCGUUGGAAGGUCUUAUUUCACUCACAACUAUAAGAUUUUCAGAUAACCAACUUACAAGUUUGCCUCCUGAACUUUUCAGUGAUACGAAAGAACUCAAAGAGAUAUACUUAAACAACAACACUAUAACGGUUCUCGCACCAGGACUUUUCAGUGACUUAUUGCAACUCUUAGUAUUGGAUUUAUCACAUAACGAGUUGACAUCAGAUUGGAUAAAUACUUCAACCUUCACUGGGCUAAAACGACUAGUAUUUUUGGAUUUUUCUCACAACAGAGUAUCGAAAAUGGAAGUGGCCCUAUUUAGAGAUCUGCACAACCUGCAAAUUUUGAAAUUACAAGACAAUUUCAUAGAACACAUACCAGAAAAUGUUUUUAGCCCAUUGAACAACUUACAUACAUUGAUUUUAUCAAACAAUAGACUCACUGCAAUUGAAAGUUACGCGUUUUCUGGUUUGGACGGGUUAUCUGUUCUAUCUAUCGAUAGCAACCGCAUUUCAAAAAUACAUCCACACUCUCUUCGUAACUGUACCGCAUUGCAAGACCUACACAUUAAUGGAAAUAGACUAGACGAGGUACCCAUAGCCCUCAAGGAAAUUCCUCAGUUGAAAACGCUUGAUCUGGGAGAAAAUUUGAUUGUGAGCAUUGAAAACGCCUCAUUCAUGACCAUGCAACAAAUGUACGGAUUGAGAUUGACUGAAAAUAAUAUCGGAAAUAUUAGCAAGGGUGUGUUCGAUAAAAUGACAUCACUCAAAAUAUUAAACUUAUCAAGAAAUAAAAUUCAUAAGAUCGAAGCUGGCGCAUUUGAUGGCAAUAUUAACCUACAAGCUAUUCGAUUGGAUGGUAAUUACCUGACUGACAUUGGAGGGCUUUUUGCCAAGUUACCGAACUUAGUGUGGUUAAACAUAUCUGAUAACCGAUUGGAAUGGUUCGACUAUGCCAUGAUUCCAACAGGAUUGCAGUGGCUUGAUAUUCAUGCUAACAGGAUUGCUGAACUUGGAAAUUACUUCGAAAUUGAAUCCCAGUUAUCACUGAGUACAUUCGACGCCAGUUCUAACAGAUUAACAGAAAUAACUGGCAGUGCUAUUCCAAACUCUGUGGAAAUGUUGUAUCUCAAUGACAAUUUGAUUUCAAAAGUACAAUCGUACACAUUUUUCAAAAAACCGAAUCUAACAAGAGUGGAUUUAUAUGGCAACAAAAUAACAAAUUUAGAUCCGAAUUCACUGAGAAUAUCGGCAGUACCGCAAGAUAAAUCGGUUCCCGAGUUCUUCAUAGGCGGAAACCCAUUAGAAUGUGAUUGUACAAUGGAGUGGUUGCAAAAAAUAAACACUGGGAACAGAGCGCGAACUCAACCGAAGUUAAUGGAUUUGGAUAGCAUAUAUUGUAAAUUACUUUACAAUCGUGGAAAUGCGUAUGUUGCGUUAGUGGAAGCUGCAUCCCACCAAUUCUUGUGCAAAUAUGACUUCCAUUGUUUUGCACUGUGUCACUGUUGUGAUUUCGAUGCUUGUGAUUGCGAAAUGACUUGCCCACAUAAUUGCACCUGCUAUCAUGAUCAGUCGUGGUCAGCAAAUGUUGUGGAAUGUUCGAAUGCAGGAUACGUAAAUACUCUACCUGAGAGAAUACCAAUGGAGGCCACACAACUGUAUCUCGACGGUAACGACAUUAAAAUGCUUCCCAGUCACGCGUUCAUUGGCAGAAAACGGCUUAAAAUACUGUUCUUGAAUUCGUCAAACAUAGAAUCUAUUCAAAACAGAACGUUCAACGGAUUAAAAGAACUUGAAAUUCUACAUUUAGACCACAACAAUCUUAAAGCUAUCGAAGGUCAAGAAUUGGAUGGAUUAGAUAAUUUACGGGAGUUGUACAUUAACAAUAACCAGAUUCGCCAUAUUGGAAAAGAAAUGUUUAACCAUAUGUCCCGUUUGAAAAUACUCCAUCUACACAACAACAGGUUGACCAUGUUAUCAGUGUGGCAAAUUAAUUCUAUUGUGACGGAGAUAACACUUUCUUAUAAUCCGUGGUCAUGCGACUGUGAAUAUACUGAAAUGUUCCGAGAAUGGAUGAAACGCGUGAAUUCAGUUACGGAUAUAUCAAACGUUAAGUGCAUAUAUUCUCAAGGGAAUAAUACUGAAAUGGCUGUGUACAGUGAAAACGCGUUCAGUGAACCUGAAUCAGGAUUUGUUAUUGCAAACGAAAACGGAACAAUUUGCACUGGUUUACCAAGUAUUAACAACAGUAUCAACGGAAAUUUAACCGCAACCAAAACUAUCAUAACUAAUGAAGAUGUGCAAGAUUAUAUUCCGCUCCUUGUGGCAACGUUGGGUGCUUUCCUAUUGGUGUCAUUUGUAAGCAUGAUUGUAUUUAUAUUCAGACAAGAAAUGAGAGUUUGGUUCCAUUCAAGAUUCGGAGUGCGUCUUUUCUACAGAGCGAGUGAUAUUGACCGUGACGAUCGGGAGAAAAUGUUCGAUGCGUUUGUAAGUUAUAGUUCGAAGGACGAAGCUUGGGUCGCAGAGGAGCUCGCGCCCAUGCUCGAGCGCGGUGACCCGUCCUAUAAACUUUGCCUGCAUUACCGUGACUUUCCUGUGGGCGGCUACGUUGCCGACAACAUAAUACAAGCCGUCGAGUCUUCGCGUCGUACAAUCAUGGUGCUCAGUGAAAACUUUAUAAAAUCAGAGUGGUGUCGUUUCGAGUUUAAAUCGGCUCAUCAUCAAGUUUUAAGAGACAGACGGAGAAGACUAAUAGUAGUGUUGUUAGGUGAAGUGCCUCAGAAAGAUCUGGACCCUGAUAUUAGAUUAUAUUUGAAAACGAACACUUACCUUCAUUGGGGUGAUAGGUUGUUUUGGGAGAAGUUAAAAUUCGCGUUGCCGGAUGUGCCUAAUAACCAGCGGUGUCGCGGGGGGGCCAGUCCGGGAGCUGGUGGGGGUGUGGCGAUGCACAGACACCACCACGCCAGGAACCACCUGGGUGCGCUGCCGCCGCCGCCGGUGCACGGCGCGCACCCGGUGCUGCCGCCGCACCCAGCCCACAACCCUCACCAAGCCCCGCCGCGUGCCUCUCCCCGCACCAUAUCCGUCCAUGUGUAGUGAAAAAUGAGACUGAACUAUGUGCUAGUGACUCGAAACUACAAAUUUUAUAGUGCAAGUGACUGUUUACGCAAAUAUUGUGAUGGCUAGUCGGUUAGUGUAAAUAUGUACGGUUUAAAUCAGUGUAAAUAGUAGAUUUUAAGUAUGGACGGUUAGAUUUGCCGUUAUAAUGAUUGUAGUGCUGUCUCUUACGAUGUAUUUUACCAUUUUAGAAAUGCCAUUAUUUUUUACAAUAGUAAAGCUAUUAGACUUGUAGGAUGUAAAAAGAUUUUUAAAUAAUUUUGUACAUAUUAGCGGUAUGUAAAUUUGUAAGGCCUAUGUUCGGGCUGUGUUUGUUAGGCAAAUCUUGCCGAAUACUAUAAAAGUGACUUACAUGGCAUCUCUGCCACAAUCUGUGAUAACAUUAGAUAUAGUAAGUGGUAAGGUAGUAUUUCACGAAUACAUAUUAUGUAACUUAGUCAUACCCAAAAGAAAAUAUUUAUUGUAAAAAUGAAAAUUCAACUGUAUCAGGCAGUAAUAAAAGACAAAUAAAUGAAAAAUACAAAUUUAAUAACUUU